AUGUCUGCCAUUCCGUUUCUGUCUGAACCUUCAGAUGCAGCUUAUGACGAAAAUGUCGAAGCCGACAACAUCCUUGAUGCUCUCGAAAGUCUGGCCGCCGGCCACAUCCCCGCCUCUCUUUACAAAGACGAGGAAAAGCGACUUCGAUUUCUCGAAGCUGCCAGGAUGGCCUCUCUCAAGCUCGAGCAACCAUGGGACACUAUGCAGCGUCUGAUCUUUUGCGCACUGCCACCCAACAUGGUACAAGUGGGCAUCGAUCUGGGGCUGUGGAGACUCCUUGCUGCGCGGCAGGGUACGGCGAUGAGCGUGAGUCAAUUGGCUGCCCAGUUGGGCGCUGAGGAGGCACUGCUAGUGCGAGUGCUACGAUAUGCAGCAACGCAGUGGAUGGUGGAGCAAGUCGGAGUGGAGACGUACCGGGCCACAAACAUCACGCGAUACCUAGCCAUGUCAGGGCUUGAAUCCGUGAUCUUCCAUGUAACAGAGAGGAAUAUCGCAACGUACAAUGCGAUACCAAAGUGGAUGGCGGACAAUGGCUACAAGCAACCGCUGGACAACAAGCAUCUUCCGUUCAACUUGGGCAAGAACACGGACCUGCACUUCUUUGAGUGGCUAUCGCAGCGACCCCGUCAUCAACAAGCCUUCAACGAGUACAUGUCGUUUCAGCGAGUGGGGCAGAAGAGCUGGCUCGACGUGUUUCCGCUCGAGAAGUACGUGCACGGCUCCACUACGGGAGAUAAUCACCGAACUCUCUUCGUGGACGUCGGUGGCGGAUACGGACACCAGGCUAGGGAGGUGUUGAGGAGAUUUCCCCAGCUGCAGGGACGUGUUGUGCUGCAGGACACGCACGCGGCGGCCAUCGAUUCUGCAAAGAGUAUUGAGGGACUGAAGGUUGUCCACCAUGACUUCACACAGCCGCAGCCAGUCAAGGGAGCGUGCGUCUACUACCUACGCAACAUCCUGCAUGACUGGCCUGAUCAGGCCUGCUACAACAUCCUUUCUCAACUCAAAGACGCUCUUGCUCCUGACUCAGUCAUCUUGCUGGACGAGCUUGUCAUCCAGGAUGAGGGCGCGCACUGGUACGGCGCAUCGUUUGAUUUGCUGAUGAUGGCCAAUUAUGGGGCACAAGAGAGGUCAUUGGCUAAGUGGGAUCGUAUCUUGAAGGAAGUUGGGCUGGAACGGAAGAUGUUUGUGCCGUACAGCAUGCAGGGAGAUGGCGUUCAGGUAGUCGGGGCUCGAACAGCGGUGCAUGAGAAGUUGUGA